AUGUCCCGACUAACUUUAUUUUUGGUUUUACUAGUGACAAUAACACAGGUGACCUCGGGACCCUAUAAUGGGCUACAUAUACCAUCAGAGUGUACAGACAAUCCCUUCUUCGCUGACUGCAGUUUGAUUGUUCGAAGCAAGUUCUGCCACCACAAGUAUUAUUCAUCGUUCUGCUGCAAGUCGUGCAUUGAGUCUGGACAGUUAGAUCCAACGAGAACUUUUAACGAACCCGAAAACGAUUAUUGGAAUUAA